AGUUAGCCAAUGAUAUUUGAGGAUACAAUCAACCCAGUUGGGCCCGCCCACUGCUGACAAAAUAAAAAGGUUCGCGUGAGCAAAGCACACAGAUUUUUCCUCGCGUGCGCGAGUUCCCUGGUUUCCGCGUGUUAACAUCUAGGCUGCGUCCUAAAUCGCGUACUGCGACACUACACACUGCAUUCGAUGCAGCACCUACUGCACGGCCGGUGAAACAGCGUGGAGAUCUGCAAAUGAACACCGGAAAAUGGCCGUUCAUUUAGUUACCACGCCAAGCUUGUGAAUGAUUUCAGCCACUACACCGUGACCAGAAAGCGCUUCUUGUGAAAAUACAGAACAAGGAUUGCUUAAAAAAUAAUAAUAGAAGAGCAGAAAUGGCGCAGACGGCACGUACCAUCAGCCUACGACACAGAAUCAGCUGAUUGCGCAACAUCCAACCAGAAUUGUUCUCAUUCAUGUUGCUAUAAAGACACUUUAAACGGGUUUGAAGAGGAUGGAGCUCCCUGCUUCUGACCCCAAUUACGGGCACCAACAGCAGACAUGGGAGGGCUGGAACGGUUGGGGCUGGAAUGUAAUCCCGUCUCCAGCUUGCGCUCCUACUGCAUUACCUACUCUUUCUCCUCCGUCUGGUUAUCAUCUACAUCCAAACGGUGCACCUCAGAACGGACCGGCUGCUAUGGGUCCUACAGCAAUGCCAGACUCGGACUGUUCACAGCCAGUGAUGGCAUACUGGUCCCCCCUACAGCCACACUGCAAUGGUGUGUAUAAACCUGUCCCUGAUGCCAGAAGUCUAACACAGACGUCACUACAGGGAAUCAACUCACAGCCGACCAGUCCUAUAUCCAGCCUUAAACCAGACUCCCGUUAUGGUUUGGACCCUCAGCUACUACCCAGUGUCGUGCAGGUAAUAAGUGAGGACAGGGUUCAGUGGGAAGGGAAAAUAUUUGCAUCUGAACCCCAGUCCUCUGUCCCCCCUCUCUCCAGCACGUCCUGCACUCUGGAGGACAGAGGUAACGCAACUGCUCGAUUUAUCCGCUGCACGUCCUACAGCUUUCCUGUUGAGGCCCAGUCUGCACAGCAGAGCCACCUGCCACUGGCGGCCAUUUUUUGCCCCCUGGCCAGACCUGAGAAUGAAGAGAGACUAGUGCCAGUUUGUAAUGCAGGGGAGUGUGUUAAGGGCUGCAGCAAGUGUGGUGCCUUCAUGAGUCCUGCUAUGAGCUGGCAGGACUGUGGGCAACGCUUCUUCUGUCCGUUCUGUGGCAAACUCACAGAAGUGCCAUGGCAGUCAUAUCAGCCUACAAACAAGGGGCAACGAGUCGACCGGGACAAGAGGCCAGAGCUCAGUCUGGGUUCAUAUGAGAUCCUGGAAACACAAAAGGGAGACCCUGUUGUUUUGCUCCUGGCAAUUGACGUCACUGCCAUUGCAAUAAGAUCCGGACAACUGGACUUCAUUUGUCAGCAGCUUUGUAACCUACUACUGUCUUUAGAUGAGGGAGAUGAUGGGGCCCGAUCAGAUCUGCGAGUUGGUCUGAUUACUUACGACAGUAGGAUCCACCUCUACGAUCUCAGUCCGACGUUGUCCCGCCCCCACAUGAUGGUCCUGACAGACGCCGACGAGCUGGAGCUUCCUGUGCAGGAGGGGCUUCUGGUACCACUCAAAGACUGCAGACACACUGUAGAGAGCAUUCUACAACAAAUUCCGCUGUUUGAUGUUGAGAUGCAGGAGAGUUCAGGCUCGCAGGAUCUUCCUGUUCAAGCCGGACUCAAGAUCCUACAGGCUGCAGAUUGUCCUGGGAAGCUGUUGGUCUUCCACUCUUCACCUCUUACUGAGAGCUCCGAGAAGCAAAGCUCCUUGGGCUUCUUUUCCUCCAGCAAACCAAAGUCAAUCUUCCAGGCACCAGACUCUUCUGCAUCACUGGCUAAGGCAUGUGUCAGUCAAGGAUGCAGCGUCCAGCUUUUUGUGUUUUCACAGCCGGAUGUGGGUGGGGCUUGGCCUGGGCAUAUCCCUUUUCUCACAGGGGGAAAGCUUAUCUGCUACAACAGCCUACAGUCUGAGCUGGAGAGAGAGCGUUUCCGUGGAGAUCUGUGGAGGAGUGUGGACACCGAUAUGGCCUACCGAGCUCAGCUUCGAGUUUUUGUUAGCAAAGAAUUACGAGUGUCUGGUUGCUAUGGCGCCUUCCUUGCUGGCCCCGAAUCCCACUGUGUUGCCAUGGCAGCGCUUGAUUGGCACACAGCCCUGGCAUUUGAGUUCACUCACGGCAAAUCACUUGAUGAAACAAGAGGUGUGGCCAUACAGGCCGUCCUAUCCUACAGUGGAUCCAGUGGAGAGAGGAGGACACGGGUACACAGUGUCACUCUGGCCUGCUCUCAGAGCCUGAUGGACACAUUCCGGACCAGCCAGGCCGAGACGCUGCUUACUUUCUACUGCAAGAAGAUGUAUUGCUCUGUGUUGAACACACCUCUGCAGUGUCUUCGUGAGGAGCUGCAGAUUGAGAUCACAGAAGCUUUAGCUUGCUACAGGAAACACUGCUGCACUACUUCUGUCUCUCCUGGACAGCUGGUGAUGCCUCAGUUUCUGAAGACUCUCCCCGUCUACAUUAACAGUCUGAGGAAGAGUGAGGUUCUCCUCCCGGGUCUGCGCAGUUCCGUUCAUCAGCGCCUGCAGCUGCGCAGUGUCACCGUCUCCAUGGAUACGCGCAGCACUGUCGCUCAGCUGUACCCACUCGUCCUGCCUCUGCUAGAGAAUACUGUGGUAGACUCUAUGCCCUAUAAGGAUGUGGCGUUGCGCUGCUCUGCCUCCAGCCUGCAGUCUGAUGGUCUGUACCUGCUCUAUUCCCCGCUGACUCUGAUACUCUGGGUGGGCAGCCAGGUUUCCCCUCAGGCCUUAACACAACUGUUCAACACAACCGCCUUCUUAUCACUGACAUCCGGGGAGAUAAAACCUCCUGUGCUGGAUAAUCCUCUCUCUGUCAGUCUUCAGAAACUCAUCAGCACUUUACAAUCCUAUGCAGCUGUGACUCUUAAGUUGAAGGUGGUGAAGGAAGGCGACAGUUGUGACGAGUGUGUGCAGCGACUCCUGGUGGAGGACAGGAGUCCUAACGGAGGCGCGUCCUAUGCCGACUUCCUGUUCCACCUUCAUGUCAAUUCCCUGCGCCGUGUUGUGGGAUGAUGGCUCCAUUUUUAACAUGUCUUCACAUCUUGUAUCUAUAAUCAGGGACAUUGUCAGCUGACUUAUAUUAUUAGUUUUCUUAUUUAUGUUCAUCAGAGGGCAACAGCCUGAACAGGACCGGAUGAGGCGUGAUGUAUGAAAGCUAAGUUUAAAGAUGAGCCAGAUUUGACAUGUAAUUGUUUCAUUUUUGCACUUGAAUUACUCUGAGGGCAAACCACAACUAGCAUGUGAACAUUUUAAGCAAUAAGAUAUUCAAAUUUAUACACAAUUUAUGCUCAUUACAUCAGUUUCAGUUUUUCUGCCAUUAGUGUAUGCUUAAUAUUUGUGUGUGUGUGUGUGUGUGUUUGAUGUAUUUAUUUCACCUUUAUGUUUGGAUUUGGAAAUGCUCAAAUAAACUGAUGAAUCGUC